AUGGAUUUCUUUUGGUCUGCUCCUGUUGUGGCCAGGACAAUUACUGCCAUCACUUUUGUCGAGUCUGUCCUCGUCCAUGGUCAGCUGCUUAAGUAUUUCCGUGUACUCUUCUUACCUCGCCUGCUCUUUAAGAUAUGGCCUGAGGUCUGGAGAUUGUUCACGCCGUUCUUCCUGACCGGAGGCGGGAUUGGUUUCGUCUUCGAUCUCUAUUUCAUGUAUACCUAUGCAAGCAAGCUAGAGACCGGCUCGCCUCGGUUUACUGCGCCUGGUGACUUCUUCACCUACGUGGUCUUUGUAGCUUCUGUUAUCAUGACACCUCGCAAUAUCUGCCCGCCCAGCCAUAUUCUAGCUGAAGCGGUUCCUGGAAACGAGGAAGAUCACCCUUGUAUCGCAUAUGGUGCCUUCUUUUUUGAUCCUUACAGGGCCAUAUACUUUGCGCAGGUGGUUUUGGUGCCCUACAUUACUCUAUACCAUUAUGUACCUGAAAUCCCAUUUUACUUUUUGUUUCACAUCACAUUCCCAAAUGUAGCCCAGCAAUUGCUGACAACCCCGAAGGGCACCGCAGGCUUUAUUCUGAAUAGCGUAACUUUUACCUCUGCCUUGAUUCUGGCAUUUGUCUUCACGUACUCCCAGGAUAAUAGAGGCACUAGAACCACCUUCAUAAUCAUCCAAAUCCCUACCGAGCUUCUGCCUUGGGCAAUGCUCACCUUGACCUUGGUCACCGCUGGGUGGCCCGCAGCAUUAUCCGAGGGCAUGGGAUUAGUGGCUGCCCACUUGUAUGACUUUCUGACCCGGAUCUAUCCCACCUUUGGUGGAGGGAGAAACUGGAUCACCACUCCACGAUUCGUGAGGAGAUACUUCGCCGUUUAUCUACGGGAGGGUGAGCACCGCAGCUAUGGAAGGGCUUUCCGACCUUCCGCCAACCAGGCUGAAGAACCACAACAACCUAGCGGCUGGACAUCUUCUUUCCAGAAUACAUGGGGUAGCAGGGGCUCAGGACGAAGACUUGGAGGGAGCUGA